UCCCAACCCACCUCCACAAAGCGCAACCACGCCAACAACCACCUUCGAAAUGUCAGACGACUCUUCUGAUCUAUCCUCUGUUCCAUCUGAGGAUGAGACCAAUCUCCAAUUAGCCAAAAAAGAUGGAAUUCUCAAGUUCUUCUCCAAGGCUCCUCGCAAUGCGCCGAAACCCAAAGUUGAGGCCUCACCACCACGCCCAAAAAGAGAACCCUCACCACCACACGAAUAUGUUCUGGCAGAUAAUCCUGAUAUAGCUGUAAGUGCUGGCAUAUGCGAGCACUCUUCCAUCCCUUCAACGCGUGGAAAACGCGCUUUUUUAUUGCUGGAAACACUCUAACGCGAGUAUGUAGUUCAUCGUCAUGUUCCGUUCGCGCUUCACAGAAGCAUUCCCCAAAUCUCUUGCGAAUUUCGGACCCCAUGAACUUGAGCGUGAUAUUGUCAGUACAGUUCCAGGAGAAUAUGCGGAGCAAUUUCUGUGUGCUGUACUUGGAUUGCUACUGAACCGAAAGCAAGAUGUCAAGUGGGUGCCCUUGCGCAAACCCAUGAUGCAACAAAGCAACUAAUCAUAUAUUUACAGAUCCGGACACUACAAUCGGGCUUUGGAGGAGGCCAUAUCUACCCAUAAGGCACAAUGGGCAAAGGAUUGGGAGAGCAAGAACCCUCUGUCCGGAGGCGCAACUUUUGCAACUAUGUCUCCAACACAACGGGUGAGUCUAAAUUGGCUAUAUUCCCCCCACACUGAGGGACAAUCGGGGUCUUUGCGCAAUGGAUUCACACCUCCUUUCUCUUUGUGGAAUUGAGCAUUUGUUGAACUGACUCUCUUCUUCGCCUCCUACCUUCUUCGCCCUCUCCCAGUUGUUGGAAUAUCUACUCAUUUUCUCUUAGCUCACACUAUUACGCACCCUCAUACUAUGGGCUUUGGCUUCGUCAGAUAUAGUCAAGGGCAUGAUUCAAGCUUCAUAUAAACAAAAUCGACAGGAAGAUGACCUUAAUCAGCCAUAUUCAGUUCAGCCUUGGGGCUCCGAUGGAGACAGACGGCGGUACUAUUUAAUUGAAGGCCAGGACGACACACAUUUCCGUGUAUAUCGAGAAAGUAAUUACACCGGCAUCAAGCGCACAUGGUGGAGUGUGGCAAGUAAUAUUGAUGAGCUGAAGCAAUUGGUAAGAAUGCUCCAUUGGCUCAUUUCUGUCCACUGUACUGUGCAUACAAUAGCUUGCAUUUACUAACUAUUUCUACAGGCUGAGAAGCUCGCCACAGAGGAUGGUGGCCAGAAAGCACGUGUACUGAGUGGAAAGAUUCUCGCGGCCAUUCCCCGAUUUGAGGCAACAGAAGAGGUAUGGCAUUAUGGAAAGAAAGUGUACAUGGUUCAACAUUACUGACAAAACAUCUAGAAACGCAAGCGUCGAGAGUACAGACAAGCUCGCAAGCAACAGUUUAAACAGCGCCCUGAACCAAACUACUCACUUUAUGAAGGCCGGACUCGUGGCAAGCGAAUGAAGUACACUUAUUCUGAUGAAGAAGAUGAUAUUUACUCCGACACGACUGCAAGUCGUCGGUCUACCCGCAACACCCGAAGAAAUACUCCAGAGGGUCCUACAGUAACACAAAGUGGACGUCAGGUUAAAUUGCGACAAGGCGGAGCAUAUGGCGAAAGUGUUCUGAGUGGCGCUCGCGCGUCAGCUGGACUCACUGACGAAGCUGAUAAUAGUGAAGGUACUGGAAUUCGACCGCAAAGAGCAGCAGCAAGUGCCACCAACAGUCGUUCAAAGGAUGGUAGACAUAUCGAGGGUUACAACAACGUCGACGAGAUGACGAGCGACGAGGAAGGCGACGCAAGUGAGCAAGAUUACGGUGAUGAUGAAGAAGAGGAUGAUCACGUAUCACUUGCAAGCGAUGUUGAUGAUCAGGAUGAGCUCACUGAUAACGAAAACGAGACGGAGGAUUCCGCAAUUGGAAAUGGAGAGAAGAAGAGUCUCUUGGUCAUACUGCCAGUAAAGACGCCAACCCCCGAAAAGAAGACGGUGAUCAAAUUGAAGUUAUCACCAGGAAAGGAUGUAACAUCGAAGGCAGUCAACCAGCAAAGCAAUCCGAUUCAAAAGGACGGAGUAGGAAUCACUGUCGCUAAGGAUCAGAGCAACCCGAUUGAUAUUGUCACAAAAUCGCCAGCUCCUCCAGCGCCACUUUCUCCAAGAUCACCCCUGGCGUUUCGUGGUAGCCCUGAGAAGCCCUCUGUGUUCCCUCCUUCAAUCGGUGUUGGUAUUGGAAGCUCUUGAAUUACUUUAUGUUUUAGGAGCAAUAUUGAAUUAAGCGUUUGCGUCGUGGAAGGCAUUUGCAAAGGUGUAUGG